UUUCAUCCUGCUUCCCUCCAUUGAUUCUCCUUCUUUCUCUAUAUAUAUAUCUAAUUAUUAAUAUACUAAUAUCUAUCUAGCUAUCUCACACACAACAAAAAUCACGCCAUCAAAUUCGCCGAUACACAUAUCUUAAGUAAUUGGACUCUCUGUCUGUUUAAAACAACAACACCUCCAUGAACCUCCUCGCAAAUCUUGUAUGUAUAAUUAUAUUAUUAUGUUCGGUACUAAUUAUCAUACCAUCAUCAUCGGUCCACGCCGCCUACGAUGAUCGCAAAGUCGACUGCAGCAAAAACCCUCCAGCUGGGGAUGAACAAGGCAAAGUUCACCAGAUUGCAUCUCUCUGUGCUUAUUUCUCUGGCAAACCUCAUUCCAAAAAACCUGCUGUUAUUCUUCUUUCUGAUGUUUGGGGUUAUGGAGUUCCAAAAUUGAGGAAAUUUGCGGAUAAAGUUGCAUCUGCAGGAAACUUUGUAGUCGUUCCUGAUUUGUUUUUUGGUGAUCCCACGACCAAUACCACUCAAAAAGAAGUUUGGCUAGCAAAACAUAGACCGGAGGAAGCAGUUAAAUAUGUGAAGCCGCUUAUUCAGGCUCUCAAAGAGAAAGGCGUACAUAAAAUUGGAGCUGCGGGAUUCUGUUGGGGUGGCAAGGUCGUUGUAGAGCUAGCAAAGGAGGCUGAUAUAAUACCAGUUGCUGCACUCUUGCAUCCUUCGUAUACAACUAUAGAUGAUAUCAAGGGAGUUAAGGUACCUAUGGCGUUACUGGUUGGUGAGCGCGACAAUGGUACCCCACCAGAAUAUGUCAAAGAGAGUACGGCUGCUCUAAAAGCCAACCAGGUUGAUUAUUUUGUGAAGGUAUAUCCUGGGAUGCCGCAUGGUUGGACCAUUAGAUAUAAAGAUGACAUUCCAGCUCAGAAGAAGUAUUCAGAAGAAGCUUGUCAGGAUCUUGUGGAUUGGUUUGGUAAACAUCUUAAAAAAAUCCAUUCAGCCAAAAGAUUUGUAUGACACAAAAGAGAUGGAGAUUUCUGAGAAGCUUUGUCAUAAAUAAAGUGUGAUUUAAGUUGUUUAGCCACACCUGAUUUAAAAGAUAUUACAUGUUUUAUUUCCAAUAAAAAUGCAAGAUUGCAUGAAUUUGUAAACUUAUUUAAAUUUAUUAAACCUGCAAUUACAAUCUUAACUCUUUAAGCCA